UCUGACGUGCUCCCGCCGGUACACCGAAGCCUGGGAGAGUUCCAGGCUUGGGCAUCUGCUGAGGGCGAGGAACUGGUCGCGGCGCUGGGUGGGCUUGCAGCUGUGACGCUUAUGUGGACACCUCAGUCUCCCUUGGUGGUGGUUCACCUCGGUUUCCCAGUUUAUAUUACUGACGUCAACAGAUAAAUGAUUGCUGAAUAAGGAAGAAGAGUUGGAAUUGCUUCAAGCCUCCGAACUUUUAGCACUAGUCCCACCCACUCCCUUCUACUUCCAGGUCGGGGGGCGGGUCCGAAAGAAAGGCGGAAGCCAGUGUGCCCGGCGGUCUCACGCCCGUAACAAUUUCUGAGUAGGGCGUCGCUUGAGUUUUUCGGAAAGUCUCCACACCCCCCGCCCCCAUCGUCUUUUUAGGAAGUCCCUUAAUGUUUGGGUUCAUUAUUCCCACAUCCCCUUCCUAACUACUUGCCUGCACUUCUGGAGAAAAAGACUGCAGAAAGGAGAGGUGGGGCUGUGAGUAGCAACAAGCAAACCGCAGGUCCCUGUUGGGGGACCCUCCAGGAAGAAGAGUAAUUUCCUGCCUUCUUGAAUUGGCUACUACAGUCAAUUAUUUUGUUCCCAACCCUAGAGCUUCAAUUGCUCCUUCACUUAGCAAUUUCCCAAGAACCCUGGGCGACAGUUAUGGAGAAGCGUCUGCAGGAGGCUCAGCUGUACAAGGAGGAAGGGAACCAGCGCUACCGGGAAGGGAAGUACCGAGAUGCUGUGAGUAGGUACCAUCGAGCUCUGCUUCAGCUGCGGGGUCUGGAUCCGAGUCUGCCCUCUCCAUUACCUAAUCUCGGACCUCAGGGCCCGGCCCUCACGCCUGAACAAGAAAACAUACUGCAUACCACCCAGACUGACUGCUACAACAAUCUAGCUGCCUGUCUCCUUCAGAUGGAGCCCGUGAACUACGAACGAGUGAGAGAAUAUAGUCAGAAAGUCCUGGAACGACAGCCUGAUAAUGCCAAGGCCUUGUAUCGGGCCGGAGUGGCCUUUUUCCAUCUGCAGGACUAUGACCAGGCCCGCCACUACCUCCUGGCUGCCGUCAAUAGGCAGCCUAAAGAUGCCAACGUCCGGCGGUACCUCCAGCUGACACAGUCAGAACUCAGCAGCUACCAUAGAAAAGAGAAGCAGCUCUACCUGGGCAUGUUUGGUUAACAAAGAAGAAAGAUGCUCCUCCAGUUGAACUUAGGUGGACCAUUAAACAUGCAUGAAGGAGAAACCUGACCCUCAGCAAGAUAAAUUAACCCUAUACCUCUGACCCAGGUGGAUUUUUGUUUCCAGUUCUGCACAAACUUUACUACUUAGACAGUCUGAGUCUUUUUCUGUCUAUCCUGUUUAUUUCUAUAGUGUUCAAUACAUGUUAUUGUUGGGGAUAUUUGCCUUGAGAAAUAUAAUCAGAAAAUAU